AUUCCUCCAGGAAUUCUUGAGUUAUGACGAGAAAGAACUUCCCCCAAGUCCUUGCAUUAUGAUACAAAAAAUAUUUUCUCAUGUGUUAUUCUCAUUUUCUGUUGAUUAAUGUCAUUUUCUCAAGAUGCUCUCCAGUCAACUUUGUCGGUAUUUCUACUCGGGAAAUACUCUUUGGCAGUCCUCAACAAAGUUACUGCUUGCUAAAUUGAGGAAAAAGACAGGGUAUACGUUUUCUAACUGCAAAAAGGCUCUGGAAUUGCAUGAAAAUGAUUAUGCCAAGGCAGAAGCAUGGUUACGAGAGCAGGCCCAAGCAAUGGGUUGGUCCAAAGCCCAGAAACUCCAAGGCAGAUCGACGAAACAAGGUCUGGUAGCUGUGAUGGUCGACAAAAAUCAUGGGGCCCUGGUCGAGAUAAACUGCGAGACAGAUUUUGUGGCACGAAACAAAACGUUCCACGGUUUGGCUGAAAUCAUAGUGUCAGCUGUUCUCAAAUUCACAGGAGAGCAGCAAGCAGUGGACCAAGUGCACAGAACCCUGCUAGACGCAGAAGCACUGAAGAAUCUGCCAGCAGUUGAUGGUAAAACCGUUGCUGACCACGCAGCACUCACUAUUGGAACCAUUGGUGAGAACAUCGCCGUAAAGAGAGCUCUCUGUAUGAGCGUUGAUCCCAGCAUCCAAUUGGUUGGUUGCACACAUCCAGCAUCUGUAAACCCCAUUCCAGCUUCUUUCGGGAGGUAUGGAGCACUUCUGGCAUUCAAAUCACCGUCUGAGAAUAAAACUCUUGGGAUGCAACUUUGUCAACACAUUAUUGGAAUGAAUCCAACCAAAAUCGGUCAACCAGGCGUCGACGAACCAAUAUCAAAUGCUGACGAUGAAACAACAAUGAUUCACCAAGAAUUUCUGUUAGACCCAAGCCUAACUGUCCAACAGCUUCUGCUUGGUGCUCACAUAGAGAUUGUAGAUUUCGCACGUUUCGAGAUGGGAGAGGAUCCCGAGCCCUCCGAGGAGACUGUCGAUACUGCAGAGCCGAUGAAAAGCUGCGGUUAAGCCCCAAAUAGCCCCCAAAAAUUCCUGAAAUCAUUAAAACUUUACAUAGGACUAUCCAAAAUAGAUUUACUCUGUUUACUCAAAAAAAUAUGUACAUAAAAGUUUCGUGUACUAUAAAAUUUGAUUAUAGUAUAUCAAAGAUGAAUCUAAA